ACGUAUUUUUAUACGGAAACACAUAGCACAGACUGUAUUUCACUCGAUGAAAAAUAAUGCAAUGUAGAACCUUCACCCUGCCACGUUUAGAGCCCUAGUUUGAGCUGGAUAUAUCUGAAUAUGGCAGAGGACAUCGGUGAAAGUGUCAUCCCGAGGGAGAAAGAUGCGAAUGGCAAUUCGUCAGCUAUUGUGAAGGAGGGUGAAACCAGCAGCGUGGUUGACUUUGACGACAUGGAUUUAACACAACUCAGAGACAUCUUUGUACCGGACGCACUUUCCAAACUAUUCAGCACAGAUGGAUCUGCAGCUGCUGCUGUCGACAACAAAGAAGCAGGCCAUGGGGCUAUCACGACAGCGGACAAUCAUGGAUUACAAGAUCUGGCAGGUAUCGUAUUCCAGACCCUGACUGACUUUGAAAACUGGCUGUACGAGACACAAGCGGGUAAAGAUUUUCAGAGGGUCAUUCUUCGGAAGUUGCCCGAUCUUAAGGACCCACUGGAAGUGGGACUGCGCGAUCUCUUUCAUUUCCUUUAUCCAGUUCUAAACCAACUGAAGGAUAGGUCUCAUCCACAUUUCCAGGACAUAGAACAAUGGUACUCGAAUUAUCACUUGAUUUUGAAGGCUGGUGUCAAUUUUCUUCAUGGAGGAAUUGUGAGGCUGAUGAAUAGAAAUGCUGGCAAAGGAAAGAGUUCUUUUGAUGUGUCCACAAUUAUUAGACAGGUGCUGAACAUCCACCAGGUUAAUGAAGUCUUCACUCGCCUUCCCAGUAUAUGCCGGACGAAAGUAGGAAUGGCUUCCCUCCGAUCGGCAUAUCUACAGAUUCCCGAGCCAAUGAGACCCAACGAGAUGUUUUACCGCAGUCUUCCCAACAUGGUUCUAACUGUCUACCAGCAGCUGAAGGAGCCAUCAAAUCCCAUUUUCCGGCUGAUAGAAAGUUGGUUUGCGGACAUUGACGAGCUUUUAAAAAUGGCUUUGGAUGUUCUACACGGGGCUGUCACGGGCCUGAUCAAUAAUGAAGCUUGCAAGGAGUUCGGUCCAUUAGACGUGACAGCAAUGUUCAAACAGAUGGUAAAGGCACAUGAGAUGUUGGAAGCUUCUUGCCAUCAUCUUAUUUUUGAGACUGCCACCGGUCGGGAUUUCUACAAGGUCGUUACUCUGGAAUUACUUUCACCUGCACGUCCGAAUGACGGUCAAUAUCGCAAUGUCCUUAUGUUGACUGGGCUAAAUUUUCUCCGGGUAAAAAACAAGAACCAGCCUCCAUUCGAACCAAUAGAACGAAUUUUAGGAGGAGACCCGGAACUUAUGUCUGUGUUCGUGAAGGCAUACAUGUCUGUUCUUGUGUGGUCCAUCAACAACAAGCAAAAUUACACUCUCCAUAUCAAUGUAUUACGGAUAUUAAAUGAGAUCAAUGAGAAAUAUGGGUGCCCAGUGUCUCGCCGAUGGUUCUGGCUCAAAGGUUUAGAAUCUCACGAACAACUUCGCCGGGACUUGCUUCAGUACAGCAUGACGAAUAGAUCCGAAUCGAACACGUCUAAGCCUUUCUCGUGGCUUGAUGUGCCCUUUCUGCUCAAUGUUAGAACGAAAUGGAAAUUUGUGUCACUUGAAGCUGUGCUCACCAUGGAUCGGGACAUGUUGAAAGCAGAAAAAGAAAACAAGAUCAGGAGACAAGUGAACAAAACAAUCUAUGCCAAAUGGUUUCCGCAGGCCCAGGCCCCUAUCAUACCAACGAGUCUCCAGUUCCACGUUGAUCGCGAUAACAUCGUCCAAUCGGCGAUCGACAAUGUCAACAAAUAUUGGCAUGAAGAUGAGCAUUGGGAAUCCAACUCUGUCUGGCUAAGGGCUCUAGAAAUACACUUCGAAAAGGAGUCUGCCAUAGACCUUGGUGGGCCUAGUAUGGAUUUCUUUCACAAUCUGUUCUCGGCUGUGCUGGACCCACGUAUGUCCAUGUUUAGGGAAAUGGACGAAGAGGCUACGUCAUCACAUGUAUGGUUCAAUCAGGCCUAUUUGGAUUACGUUACCUUAGAGAAGAUUGGGCUCCUCUUUGCCCUUGCAAUCUACAAUGGAGCUGUCCCUACAGUGCCUUUCCCCGAGCAGCUCUACGAAAAGCUUCUUUCGAACCGAAACCCAGGGUCUGCUGAUCUGGAGAAAAUGGACCAAGAGUUUGUUAAACAGCUCUACACUCUCCGUGAAUUGGAUGAGGAAGAUUUGCAAGCGAUGGAAUUCGACUUCAGUGAUCUACGACCAGGGGGAGAGGACGUCAGUGUCACAAAGGAGAACUUGGAAGAGUACAUCAAUGAGAUGGUCAAUAAACGCUUGGCCAUUCCGCAGCUCACGUCCUUCGCCAAGGGAUUCAACAGGAUAGCCUCAAAGACACCUCUAAUGAAAAAUAUAUUUAAAGCAGAAGAUCUGAGGGAUGUUAUCCUGGGAGAAGAGCUGGACUGGAACGCUUUCAAAUUUAGUGUUAAAUAUCACUCCCCCUACGUACCAGACCACCCGGUCAUCAAGAUGUUCUGGAAGGUGUUUGAUGAACUGGAAGAAAUUGAGAAAAGGCAGUUCCUCAAAUUCCUAACAGGUGCAGACCACGUUCCUGUAGGCGGUUUUGUUCCUUUCCCAAUUAGGCGAUUGAACCAUCUGACUGAAAAAUACCGACAUCCCAUUGAACGUGAUAAGUACACAGAGCCAAGCCAGCUAAUGCCAGAGGUGAUGACCUGCAGGGGAGUACUUUCGAUGGAUCUUCCCGAGUACACGUCCGAGGAGGACCUGCGUUUCCGACUCAAGUUGGCCAUUCAGACAUCUGGGUUCCAUCGAGAGGGACCCGUCAAUGCCGCAGAGGCACGUUCCCCGCAAUCGCAGAUGCUGCAACAGGUCGUACGUAGCUUACAGCUUUUGUUCAGUGGAGGUCGGUGAUCCUUGGUGCUGCAGUCCACGGUGUUUAAAACUUAAUCCUCCGGGCAUUGCAUCAGUUGAUGUAAAUUAUCCUCCUUGGAAAAUUUGCACCUAAAUAGUUCCUUAACGGACCCUGGCGUUCAGAAACAAGGUACUCUGUCACCGGUACACGAAGAUUACUUGAAAACGGAAGAAUGAUAGCAACUGGCGUAAAUCCGUGUUGAUGGGUGGGGGGGAUGACUGAAAUAUUUUGGCAUUUUUUUGCAAUAAUUUUUUAGAUAUGCAAGGAAUUGUCAUUGAUAUGUCCACAGUGGCGUACCGUGGGUCACGGCAUUGGGGGGGGGGGGCACCAGCAAAAUUUUUGAAUGACUGGGUGAGUGACCUAAUAGAGAUAUUUUAAGGACAAUGUCAUUAAACGGAUAUGUAUAUCACUGAUCAAAUAAUGCGAGCGCGAAGCGCGAGCUGAAAUUUUUUUAUAUUCACACCUAAAAAGGGACAUUAUAAUCAAAUUUGUGUAAUCAUGAUAGGUACCUGUCUCGCUUAACAAUGCGAGCGCGAAGCGCGAGCUGAAAACUUAGAUAAUUCAGACCUGAAGUGGGGCAUUCUAAGGUUUCUUUGUAGGAAUUAACUAGGACCAUACGUAUUUCAUUAACCAAAUGAUGCGAGCGCGAAGCGCGAGCUGAAAAUUUUUGACAUUCAGAUCAGAAGAAGGGACGUUUUAAGGACUGAUUUUAGGAAUUCAUGAAGAGCAGACAUAUCUCACCAAUCCACUAAUGCGAACGUAAUCACGGACAGGAAAUGUUUCAUAUAUACGAAGACCUUAACAUGGGGCAAUCACUUUUGAGUCAUGAAAAAAGAAGCAUAUGUCACUACAUAAAACAAUGAUAACUCAAGUGCUAGGAAAUAUAUUUGGUUUAUAUUGACUUGAAAACGGGAUGUUUUAGUACAACAGGAUUAUAUAUCUCGUUAAACAGACAAUGCGAGCACCAGGAACAAUGAAGACGUAGGCCCUGGGCAAAUUAUGUUUCAUAAAGUUAUGAUAAAAAUGUUUCUUAUGUAAUGUAACUUAACAUAAUUAUAAUAUAAUAUAACAUUAUAAUGAAUAAUAUUUUCUUCUUUCCAACUACGUUUCUCUUCCUUUCUCCCUCUUUCCUCCUUUUCCCCCUUUCCCCGUUUUUUUUUUUUUGGUCAGCCGGGGGGGGGGGGAUGUGCCCCCAAUGUCCCCCGUAGUUACGCCAUUGUAUGUCCAUAUGGCAAAUACCCCUCCAAUAUUAUUAUCUUUUUUACCCCAUGAUGGUUUAAUGGUUUUAUUAGAGAUUACAUUAAAAAAAAAUUGACAUUCCAUCUUAAUCCCUUCCCAAAGACCCCAACAUUGAUGAAUUGGAAGAAACGGGGGUUUCUCUUCAAUGUUAUAAUAAGGACGUAAGUAUUUCGUUUGGAAAUGGUGAACUGGCUCUUUAUUUGCAUUUUAUGAUUCAAUAAUAUUAUUUUAUUUGUUAAGCGGUAUUUUUGGAAGAAUUUUCACCAAUAAAACAAUUAUCUCUUGUGAUUUUUUUUUCAUUUCUUUCGUAAAAAGUGGGGGGGGGGAUGUUUGUACAGGCCAUCCCCCCUCCUCGAAUAUUGGGGGGGGGGGAUAUAUCCCCCCCAUCCCCCCGGGAUUUACGCCAGUGAUGAAAGCGCUUAUUAGAAUUAUGACGAUAUAAGCGGACGAGAAGACGGUUUUAACAUGGACGUACUGCAUUCGGCAGGUCGACUUGUUUGGGGCACGAAAGCAAGAUGACGAGUUGUUAAUACUCGGAAAGUAGACUUUUUUUGGGAAAAGAACACGUGGCAAUUUGCUGACACUUGGAAAUCGACUAAUUCGGGAUGUGAAGGGAAGAUGACGAGAGGUUAGAGCUUGGGAAGUCGACUUUAAAGACAAGAAGAUCAGACAAGAUUUCUGAGAUUUGGGAAGUAGACUUGUUUGGGAACAAGAGGUAAAGAUCAUCAUCAAACUGACUACAAGGUACAAGUUAUUUAUCAUCGCAUCUAACAAAAACGAAAUUUCAGAUCCAAUCGCUAUUAGAACAACAAUGGCAAGAAAAUAUAUAUGAUUCAUUUUAAAAUGUUCUUUAUCGAGAAAGGCCACAUGUUUUGAAUGCUGAAUUCUUCUUGGUAUCAUUGAUAAUCACUAAUAAAUAUUUGAAAAGUGUUGGUAUUUUAAAUCUGAUUUGUGCUCUUUUUGUUCAGCUCUCGCUGAAACUAUUACUUAUUUAUUUGCGGAAUGCCCUUCACACUCGGUGGUCCUUUACAUGAUUUCGAAAAAAAAUUCUCUCUUAAAGGAGAAUGAAACCCUUGAAACCAGCUGAAUCCAUAUCAAAGAGAAAAAUCAAAGAAACAUAUUGUUGAAAGUUUGAGGAAGAUUGAAUGAAUAAUAAGACAGUUAUGAGCAUUUGAAUAUUGAGAUCACUAAUGCCAUGUAGUUCCUCCCAUUAGCAAUGCGACCAAGAUCUGUGAAGUCACACACGUACAACUCCCUCAUUACUCUAGUACUUAUUUCACUUAUAUUCUCACUUUUAUAGAGUCUAUCACAAGGUGAGGUUUUUUUCUUAUGAGAGGACAAGUACAGAGGUUUCACAACAUUAUAUCAUUGAUGAAUCGUUUGUCAUAGGAUUAGAAUGAGCAAAAAGAGAUGUUUUGGGGUAUAUUUUCAGUGUCCACAAGGGGAGAGUUGUUCAUCCGUGACAUUAUAGAUCUUGGUCGCAUUGCCAAUGGCAGGAUCUCCAUAGCAUUAGUGAUCUCGACAUUCAAAUGCUCAUAACUCUUCUAUUGCUAGUCAUAUUUUACUCAAACUUUUGUUGAUCUUAUUCUUUGAUUUUUCUGCUUUCACAAAAGCUAACUUGCUCCAAGAGUUUCAUUCUCCUUCAACUAAAAUCAAUUUACCUGGUAAUUUUGUAGGUGCACAUAAAUCAGUUGGAAAACAAUCUUAUUUCAAUUUCGAUAUCUUUUCAACUUAAUGUUUUAAAGAUUAUUUAUCAUUCUCAUCAAGAUGUUUUUAGUCAAUUAGUCGCGUAAAUUUAGAACUUAAAUGGUUCAUAUUCAUAUUGGUUAUGAAUUAUAUGAAUUUAACUUUUAAUUGUAUAUUAUAUAGAUAUUUACAUAGACGUCUCAUUGCUUAUUCUCGCUGUAUUUAUAGCAUUAUCUUAUAUAUAUAUAUAUAUAUAUAUUCAAAGUUCAAUGUGAUAUAAUAUGCCAUAUAUGACAUAAAAUGUCUUUCAUCGCUGCAAUGAUGUGUCUGUCAAACUGAAACACAAUGGGUUUUUAGUCAACAAGUCUUGUAAAUUUAGAACUUUAAUGGUUCAUAUUCAUAUUCAUAUUUUUUUAUAAAUUAUAUGAAUUUAACUUUUAAUUGUAUUUCAUUAUGUUAUCUGUUGUUAUCUAUUCAAUUUUCUUCACCUUUUGAUACAUCUAGUAUAUUAUUACAUUCAUCUGUUUCGUUGUAUUCCAUUUCAUUUAUAUUUUAUAUGGUGUUACUGAAAAAAAUGAAAGGUCAAAUUAACUUUAUCUUCAUAAUAAAGUUGAGUCUCAGUUGUACUGUCGAAUGCAAUGAUUCUGUAUUGUAUAUGUUUGUUUAUAUCUGCUGGAAAUGAGUAUGAAUUGAAUCAUGUAGAGAGAGUUGCAGUUUCAGGGUUACGUGAUCAAGGUCAAAGUUCAUCAAAGGUCAUUGAGCUUUAUACAAAUUUGGGUAUCAAAAUAAAACAACGAAAAAAUAUAAAAAAUAAGGCUAAGGUUUUGAAUUUGAUAAAUUAAUAAUGAAAGUAAAAAUAUCAAACGUAUAUAUAAGUGUCGUCAAAAUAUCGAAACAAAACAAAUAUCGGAUCCAUAGUUUAAGGUCAUCUUUAGUCAAAACUUUAUCGACUUGAGAAAAAGAAGUAAUUUAAGUCAGGAUUUUUAAUUUUCAAGUAAGCUGUAAAAUGAUUAGUCAGCAUUAUGGUAAACAUUAGUAGAAUUGCUUACAUGUAUCAUACAGUAAAUGAGUAAACAUGUAAUCUUAAGUUACUGGGUCAAGGUCAAAGAUCAUUUCAGAUCAAUGAUGCGAAUUACUAAUUGGUUCAUUAUUUCAAAGUAUAUGUAAUCCAAGUAAAUUAAACUUAUAUGAGAUUUUUUUAUUGGCUAUCACUGACUAUGGAUUACAACAACAAAAAAUCCUUGUCAAGGUCAAAGGUCAUUCGAUGCCAGUAUAUUAAUGAAUUUAAAUAAAUGGGUUUCCCUUUCUCUCUUUUUGAAAAAAAAAAUCCCCUAUCUCACAUGCAGAUGUCAGCACUUGUCCUAUAUUGCGUAAACUGCAGGUGUGACUGCCUAAUAACCCCUCGCCCACAACAAAAUGAAUGAAUAAAUAAGUAAAUAAAAGGUAAAAAAUAUAAAUAUCGCUAUACGUUUUUAAAAUGUGAACAUUAAAGUAAUGUACCAAUGUAAUUCAGAUUUUCAUUCUCUUGGG